GGCGGCGGCGGCGGCGGCGGCGGCGGCGGCACCUGCGAGAACCCGGAGAAGUUCCAGUACGUGGAGAAGAGCCGCUCGUGCGCGCCGCGCUGCGGGCCCGGCGUCGAGGUGUUCUGGUCGCGGCGCGACAAGGACUUCGCGCUCGUCUGGAUGGCCGUGUGGUCGGCGCUGUGCUUCUUCUCCACGGCCUUCACCGUGCUCACCUUCCUGCUGGAGCCCCACCGCUUCCAGUACCCCGAGCGCCCCAUCAUCUUCCUGUCCAUGUGCUACAACGUCUACUCGCUGGCCUUCCUCAUCCGCGCGGUGGCCGGCGCCCAGAGCGUGGCCUGCGACCAGGAGGCGGGCGCGCUCUACGUGAUCCAGGAGGGGCUGGAGAACACGGGCUGCACCCUCGUCUUCCUGCUGCUCUACUACUUCGGCAUGGCCAGCUCGCUGUGGUGGGUGGUGCUGACCCUCACCUGGUUCCUGGCGGCCGGCAAGAAGUGGGGCCACGAGGCCAUCGAGGCCCAUGGCAGCUACUUCCACAUGGCGGCCUGGGGCCUGCCGGCCCUCAAGACCAUCGUCAUCCUGACGCUGCGCAAGGUGGCCGGGGACGAGCUCACGGGGCUCUGCUACGUGGCCAGCAUGGAUGCGGCUGCACUGACGGGCUUCGUGCUGGUGCCCCUCUCCUGCUACCUGGUGCUGGGCACCAGCUUCCUCCUGACGGGCUUCGUGGCCCUCUUCCACAUCCGCAAGAUCAUGAAGACAGGCGGCACCAACACGGAGAAGCUGGAGAAGCUCAUGGUCAAGAUUGGGGUCUUCUCCAUCCUCUACACGGUGCCUGCCACCUGCGUCAUCGUGUGCUACGUCUAUGAACGCCUCAACAUGGACUUCUGGCGCCUUCGGGCCACAGAGCAGCCCUGCUCGGCAGCCAGCAUGCCCGGCGGCCGGAGGGACUGCUCGCUGCCAGGGGGCUCGGUGCCCACCGUGGCUGUCUUCAUGCUCAAAAUCUUCAUGUCGCUGGUGGUGGGCAUCACCAGCGGCGUCUGGGUAUGGAGCUCCAAGACUUUCCAGACCUGGCAGAGCCUGUGCCACCGCAAGAUGGGAGCUGGCCGGGCCCGGGCAAAGGCCUGCCGGGCGCCCGGGGGCUACGGCCGUGGCACCCACUGCCACUACAAGGCCCCCACCGUGGUCUUGCACAUGACUAAGACGGACCCUUCUCUGGAGAACCCCACGCACCUCUAGGGACACAGGCCUGCGCGGGGCGGCUGUUGCCCCCUCCAGGCCCCCCCUCCGGAGGAGACAGCUGACUAGCAGCUGCCCAGCUGUCAAGGUCAGGCAAGUGAGUGCGAGGGGCCGAGGACCAGGGCAGGGAGGCUCUCCUGCCACCUCGAUUGCCGGGACCCAGUGAGGCUCACUCCCCUGCGGCCUAGUGCAGGGGGUGGGCCUGGCCAGGUCCCCACGGGGUCCUGGGGGAGCAUGCGGCGAGGAGGAGGGGCAGAAGAGGGCGUGGUCCAGCAGGGAGUUUAUUUAAUGAUGUAAUUUAUUGUUUGAGUUUCUCUGGAAGCUGUGACUGGAAUAAACCCCCCCGUGUGGCA